CCAGGCAGCCACUCACACACUCCCUGACCAGUGAGAUCACAGAGAAAAACAAAACAGUAAAAGCUGAAAAACUCGUCAGUUGAGAUAAAGACAGUUAAAUAAGGACACCAAAAGCCAUGCGUACAACCAAAACAAAACGAAGAAUUAAUUCACUGCUUCUGAUGGGCACGCAGGUGUUCAGCUAUCUCCAGGAGAGUGGGGCCCUGUCAUAUAUGAUAGUGAUUUGAGCAGACAAGCAUCAUCACUCCAAAUGUCCCACCUUUCCUCCUUCUUUCCUCCAUGUUAUAUAUUGAGUAUGUCACGUGGUCUGGAAAUCCCUUUGGUCAAUUUGGGUCACCUGUCCCAGCUGUGUCUCCUCCCAACCUCCCACAGCCCACCAACUUCCUCACCAGCAUGGAAGUACAAAAAGUUCUGUGUAAGCCCUUCUGAGCAAUAACAAAAACAUCUCUGUAUUAUCAACACUGUGUUCAACACAAAUCCAAAGCUCAGCCCCAGAUCAGUCACUGUGAAGAAAAUUUACUAUCUCAGGCAAAACCAGCAUAACAACCUGACUAUGUAAAAGGCAGUGUGUACUUGAGCAUGACAUCUGGUUGUUUCUGCUUCAGUCUUGAAAAGAAAUACUUACUUUGGCAGGAACACAUCCCUGGAGAUUGUCUUAUCCAACAAGCUGUGUGUGGUCCAGCAUGAAUGCCCAACAAAGAGGGGCAGACUGUGCAGGAACAGAACAGGUCCAGCAGAACUUGGAAGAACAUGACAUCAGAUAAGGAGUCUGCAGAAAACAGCAAUUUUUCACCAAAAGCCAGCACCAGUAAGCUGCCGACAGAUGCGUCUCCCGACUCCAAAUGCCCCAUCUGCCUGGAUAGAUUUGACAACGUUGCGUAUCUAGAUCGCUGCUUGCAUAGGUUCUGCUUCCGUUGUGUCCAAGAAUGGUCAAAGAACAAAGCAGAAUGCCCACUGUGCAAGCAACCCUUUUUUUCCAUUUUCCAUACGAUUCGUGCAGAAGAUGACUUCAAGGAAUACAUACUCAGCCCUUUAGAAACAAGCUCUUUUGCCAGCCCUGAUGGCCGGAGGUUUCGUUAUCGCACUACCUUAACAAGGGAACGCCGCACACGCAGUUCCCCUUCCCGAAGGAUGCUGUCCCCUCUGGAUAACGGGAUGUUGUUUGAAGGGCUGUCAAGUGAGCCAAUGCAACACAGACACAGAGAGAUUCAGCAGAUGAUCAGGAGGCUGGCCUCAAGGAGAAAGGCUAGUGCAGAGGGCAGAUCUCUGCGGCAGAUUCAGGAGGAGGACAUGAUCAACUUCCGCAGGGCCCUGUACCGCACUGGCGUGCGCAUCCGUAGCAUUCAGGACGGUGGCCGAUACCGAGAGAUUUCAGCAGAGUUCUUCCGCCGCAACCCUGCUUGCCUUCACCGCUUGGUUCCUUGGUUGAAGCGAGAACUUACAGUCCUGUUUGGUGCCCAUGGGUCUCUGAUCAAUAUUGUGCAGCACAUAAUCAUGAGUAACGUAACCAGAUAUGAUCUGGAAAGUCAGGCCUUUGCUGAUGAUUUAAAGCCAUUUUUGCUGAAUCGGACAGAACACUUCCUGCACGAAUUCAUCAGUUUUGCUCGCUGUCCUUUUAACUUAGAAGCCUACGAUCAACACGCCAAUUAUGACUGUCCUGCACCAUCCUAUGAGGAAGGAAGCCACUCAGACUCAUCAAUUAUUACAAUAUCUCCAGAUGUGACGUACGCACAAGGGCUUGAUAAUAGUUUGUCUGUACCUGGUCUUGGUCAGGCCCCAUGGGAUGAUGAAACUCCAGGGCCUUCCUAUUCGAUUUCAGAAGAGGUUCAUGCAACCAUAGCUUCUCCUCUGGAGUCAUCAGAAAGUUCUGAUGAGGACUCUGCUUCAGGGAGCUUCAGGAAGAACCAAGGACUUGCUUCAGGAAGAACCAAGCUGCAGACUGAGUUACAGGCUAAUGCUGAUUCAAACGACAGUGGCUCUUCCUCAGACAAUUGUGUCAUUGUUGGGUACGUUAAGCCAUUAGCUGAGAGGACACCAGAAGUGGUUGAGCUGUCCUCUGACUCUGAGGAGUCCAUCAAGGAAGAGAAAAGGGAAGAUGUCAAGAAACAGCGACCAGUCCAGUGUCACAUCUGGAGUGACAGUGAACCAAGCAGGAGUUUCUCACCACAUUCCCCAACAUAUAGGGAGGAUGUAGGAAGUUGUAGAAGCUGUUUAUCUCCUGCAGUUGAGAAGAUGGAAUCAAAAGAGGAUGAGAAGAACAAAUGUAAAAGAAAAGAUCUGCCUCCACAUGAGUUGAAUUGGAGCCCCUCUCCAGGGAGUGACACAGUAUGCUCCCCUUGGAAUCACAGAUUGUCUAAAAAGGGAGAGUGUAGAAGCCCACAGUCCUGUUCACGGGACAGUCGAGGAAGUCAUGGCCAUCGGUCUAGAAGGGAGCACCGUAGCAAAAGCCAACUUAAAAGGAAACGAUCAAGAAGCAGAGAUAGUAGCAAACAUAGGAGUAAAAGAAGCAGCAGAAGAUCAAGGGCUCAUGACACCAGAGCCUCUCUGAAAAGCCAGAGGGGCUCUCUGAGUGGUGAGAGCACUCCAUCCAGAGAAGUGAGCAGAUCACGUUCACGCAGCAAAGGCCACAGUAAAAGGAGAUCAAGAAGCAGAGACAGCGAUCGCUAUUAUGUAAGAGACAGUUAUCAAAGUAGACACCAGUGGGGUUCUGCUUUCUGUACUCGAAAGGUCUUUGGAGACAGCUAUGAAUCCUCCAGUAGAAGGAGGACCCGGUCUAACACUCUUUACUCGUGCCAAUCUGCUAGUCCAGAGUACAGGAUACGAUCAUUUAUUGAGAGGACAGAUCUGCAUAGCCAGAGGGGACUCCAUGAGAGACACUAUUACUGUUACGAAAGAUGCAGGUCAAGGAGUCGGUCAAGCAACAGAUCAAGGACUCCUUCUGGAGGAACUGACAGAAUGAAAAGUGAAAAGCCUGGUGGAAAAAGGAAGUACAAAACUCGCCACCUGGAGAAUGCAUUCAUGGAUAGCACAAGUCUAGAAAGAGAAAAUGAGUUCAAGAAAACUUCCUCAAAAUUUGGUGACUGCUGCAAAAAUGAGGAUAGCCUGUCAGACAAUCGUGCAAGCAGCGAGAUAAAGCGUAAGAAAAGGAAGAAGAAAAUGAGGAGUCCAAGUGUGGAGAUAGUCUACGAAGGAAAAGCAACAGAUACAACGAAGCAUCUUAAAAAGAAAAAGAAAAAGCAUAAGAAGAAACACCGGAAACAUCACACGAGUAACUCAAUACAUUCUUCUCCAGUGGUGAUUACAAUUGAUAGUGAUAGUAGCAAGGAGCCAGAAAGUACCGAAUGGGACAGCAGUAUUACAUGGACAGGCACAACUCAAAUAAAUGAGAGGGAAAAUGAGUCUCCAUCUUCUUUUCUGAGGAGGAUAGGAUGUGAGGAAACUGGAGGAGUAGACAAAAAGUAUGGUAUGCCUGCCACAGGGGAAAACUUAGAUGGUGGCAUUAGAAAUGCUGAUGUCAAACUUCAAGAAACAGCAGCUGAUCAGAGUGUUACCACAGUGGAUACCAACAAUAACACCUCUCACAUAGAAACUGUAACCAGUUAUGUUCAGAAAGCACCAGCAGCACCUUCCAGUCAACUGCCUUCCCCCAGGACUUCCUUUCUAGAGUGUCCAGAGAGAGAGCCAUUGAUACUGAGACUGCCAAAGAGACUUGUCAACAGAUCCUCGUGGUUUGAUUUCCCAGAAGAAAAAAUGUAGUAGGCUUUCCUUGGACACUUGUUAAAACUGUGAAUUUAACUACUUUCUUUUUCCCCUUGAAAACCAAAAUGUCUGAUAGGGUUUUUGUUAAAAAGAUGUCUAGGAAAUGUAUAAAACUUUUAAAUGUGUAUGCACUUUUAAGUCAAAGAAGAUAGACUAUUGCUAGUAUGUAAUUCUAAAAGUUUGUUAGAAGACUGUUUGGAAGUUUUAAUUUCAUAAAGCCAUCCACAGAGUAUUCAAAGUUUUGAGUAAACCAAACAACAGAAAAGGAGCCCAAAACAAGAGCCUUGAAAUGCAUUUUAUGGGGAUUGCUCUUCUUAGACUAGGAAAAUGUUGUUUAGUUCAUAAAAAGUGAUUCAGUCUGAAUUCUAGCAUCAUUUCAAUCUCUGGUUUAAGCUGAUCUCUGCUGAAAAGCAGUCAGUGAUUUCUACAGAAAUUCUCAAUGACUUUGAGUAAUUUUAAGGUAAGCUAUGUCCAAAUCUGAAUAAAGCAAUAAGGUUUUUUGGUUGU